AAGCACAUCCAUUUAAAGAAAAACAAAAAGAAGAAAAAAGUAAAUACAGAUUCUUUGGUGACCCUCUUCUCAUUUCUUCAACUUUAAAUCUCACCACUUGAUUUUUUCUUUUUAAAAAAAAAAAAAAAUUGAAAUUGCUUUUAUAUAUACAGAUAAAAUACCCCCAAAUAUAAAUCUUUUUUUCUGGGUUUUGCCGAUUUUGCCUCCUUUUCCUUUCUCAGAUUUGGAAUCUUUAUUUGGGCAUCUGUUGGGAGACCUUAAAGUAGUAAGGAUUCAACAUGAGCUUGUAAUAGAGGCCUUACCUUACAUAAGAAAUGAUGGGUUGUUUGUGUUUCAGCCGGAUUCAUUUUGUUCCCUAACUAAAUUGUGGCUCUAGUGGUACAUGAGAUUAUCAUAUAGUUUGAUCUGAUUCAAGUUUUGGGUUUGUACUUCUCUGGGUGUGAUAAAAGGAUGGCGAGGGGAGGCAAGGUUGGUCGCAAGACUAGUGGUAGGAAAAAAGCUGGAUCCAUGUAUAGAGCUUCAGAUGAGUCAGACGAGGAUUACGCAGUUGAUGAGGAAGAGGAGUUUGGUGAGUCAGAUGGAUAUUCUUCUUUUAUCGGAGAUGAGUCAGAUGAGAGCUUAGGUGAAUUUGAAGAUGAGGAGGUUGAGGAAUUGAAGAUGAAGAAGGUUAAAAAGGUUGUUCGAUCAAGAGCACCAAGGAGAAACAGAAAAGGCACUGUAAGGCCUAGAAAGAGAAAGAGAGUUUCAUAUAGAGAAGAUGACGAUGAGGAUGAUGAUGGAGAUGAUGAGGAAUUCACACCAGAUUGCUUGGAUGGAGAGGAGGACCGUUCAGUAGCGAAAGGGAAAAAUAAUUCUAGCAAGCUACGUUUGCCUAAGGGUACUGUCAAAGAUGAUGAUGAUGAUGACUAUGAAGAAGAUGAUGAUGAGGAAUUCAAUCCAGAUGGCUUGGAUGAAGAAGAGGAGUUUCCAGCAGCCAAAGGGAUGAAGAAUUCAAGCAAGCCACGGUUGCGUAAGGGCACUGCCAAAGAUGAUGACAAGGAUCAUGAAGAAGAAGAUGAGGAUGAUGAGGAAUUCACUCCAGAUGACUUUGGUGCUGAUGAGGAUUUUCCAGUAAUGAACGGGAUGAAGAACUCAAGCAAGUCACGGUCGCGUAAGGGCACUGCCAAAGGUGAUGAUGAAGAGGAUGAGGAUGAGGAUGAUGAGGAAUUCACUCCAGAUGGCUUGGAUGCAGAUGAGGAUUUCCCAGUAAUGAACGGGAUGAAGAAUUUGAGCAAGUCACGGUUGCGUAAGGGCACUGCCAAAGAUGAUGAUGAAGAGGAUGAGGAUGAUGAGGAAUUCACUCCAGAUGGCUUGGACGAAGAAGAAGAUGAAGAAGAGUUUCCAGUAUUGAAAGGGAUGAAGUAUUCAAGCAAGCCAAGGUUGCGUAAUAGCACUGCCAGAGAACAGAAGAGAAAUAAAAAUCAUAAAAAGUUGAAAAGCAUCACAAGAAAGAAACCGCAGAACAGACGCCGAUUGAAAAGGAAAGCAAGAUCUGAUAAUGACGAGGAGCUCAUAGACAUCGAUCCAAUUGUGGAAGAAACGAAUAAAAAGAAUGCAGGUCAGAGGAGAAAAAGAAAGAGACUAAGAGUAGAUUCGGAUUCAGAUUUUGUUGAGAGUUCUGGAUCAUCUGACCGUGAGUUUACCAUCUCUGAAGAAGAGAGGGAACAAGUCAGAGAGGCUAGCCGAUUUUGCAGGGGCCUUGUUACAGCUUGGAGGGGCUCAGCUUCUUUGAAAAAUUUACCAAAAGAGGAAGCUCCGCGUCUACAAAAAAAACAUCCGGGAAGAAAGGAUAAAGAGAAGGUGGAUUUGAAGACUGAAGCAGGAAAGCAGAUUUGUGGAAUAUGUUUGUCUGAAGAAGGUAAGAGGACAGUUAGAGGGACAUUGAAUUGCUGCAGUCAUUACUUUUGUUUUGCUUGCAUCAUGGAGUGGUCCAAAGUGGAAUCCCGUUGUCCACUGUGCAAGCAAAGGUUUGUAACGAUUAGUAAGCCUGCAAGGUCAGACACUGGCUUUGAAUUGAGGACCGUGGCUAUUCAGGUCCCUGAGCGUGAUCAGGUCUAUCAACCAUCUGAAGAGGAGCUUAGGGGUUACAUUGAUCCAUACGAAAAUGUAUUAUGUACCGAGUGUCAGCAAGGUGGGGAUGAUGCUCUUAUGCUACUAUGUGAUCUCUGUGAUUCACCUGCACAUACUUAUUGUGUCGGUCUUGGACAUGAAGUACCUGAAGGUAACUGGUACUGUGAAAGCUGUCGACCAACUGCACUUGCUUCUUCAAACCAACAGAAUCUGAAUCCUACACCUGAUAUUAAUAGAACAAGCAGCAAUUUUUCUCUUGGGUCACCCCCUGUAGCCAAUGUGAGGGAGACGUUUGACCUUAAUGAAAUGUACGUACCUGAUACCCCAUUGGCUGAAGAAUCUGGUGAUUUUCACUCUCCCCGAGAUGGUCAAGUUGCUGGGGUUGGGGCAUCGACGGUUUUUGACCGACGUAGAAUACAGAGGCAAAUAAAUCAACUGCUUAAUAACAGGAGGAGACAACUUGGUAAUGUUAAUGGGACCUUAGUUGCUGUAUCGGGGAAUAGUCUCUUUGGCUCCCAAAUUGCUCGAAGCAGGGAAUUAGUAACUCAACCUGCUGUAGCACAAAGGGCAGUUCCUCAUAAUACAUUUUUCCAGGGAAGGCAACUGGAGUAUAAUGCUCGUUUAUCUCAUAAUCGGAAUAUUUUACCUGAAAGGUCAAGUAAUUUGAGUGGGCAACUGAAUCUGAAUGGAGCCUCUACAUCAUCGCAUAGUUUUUUGGGUGAUUUUUUAGAAAGUGAAUUACAAGGUACUGAUGCAAGUAUCAGCUUGGGUUUGGUUCAUCAGCAACUCCAUCCCUGCAGUAGCAGAUCUUAUGUGGGGCCUGAUACUAGCCCAUCUCCUUGUCCAUUUAGAGAGUCUACAGUACCUUCAAGGACAUUGCCCAGCACUCUAAGAAGACCAUUUUAGCUGCAUGUGCAAUGGAACGAAGUUCUCCUUGUGCAGUUCACCUUAAUCUGUAAUUAUGUUGGAGACCGGUUGGCAAUCACACAUAGGGGGCAGAGGACCAGUUAUCCUCUUGCUUCUUUUUGUACUUAAGCUAUAAUGGUGGGGGAAAUCAUGAGUAGGAGACUUAUGCUGUUGAAGCAUUGGGAUUUGAUUCGCGUCGUUAGCUCACCAUUCUUUCUAUCCAUUGGCCCUGCCAGAGAAUUCCAUUUUGUUAGGAUAGCAUUUUCUCUUUUAUACCUGUAUACCCCGUUUUACUGACAAAAGAUGCCUUGAUUGCUGUUGAAGAUAUGCCACCAUUGUUCAUUGUUAUUUAUUAGCAAAUUUGUUAUCCGACAAUGAGUUGCCAUUGAGAUACUCAGCUGUUUGGAUAUGUUGGGAUUUUACCAAUGACAAGGAUGCUUACUAAUUGCUGUUUUCUGUGAUAUAAUUGGUUCUUGUUGGCUUA